GCAAGCAUGAGACCGUCACGAAUUCUGGUGCUGGUGCUUGUCCUGGGACUGGCCUCCGCCGGUUAUGGAGGAAGACUUGGAGGUGGAGGCGGGAUUGGCGGAGGAGGAGGACACGGAGGUUCUUCAGGAGGGUCAGGCGGUUACGGCGGAGGAGGUGGCACAUCCGGAGGAUUCAUCUCUGGAGGCUCAGGAGGAGGACACUCCGGUGGAUUCAUCUCCGGAGGUUCAGGAGGUGGCUUUUCUGGUGGUUCUGGAGGCGGUUAUUCCGGAGGUGGUGCAUCUGGUGGCUUCUCCGGAGGUAAAGGAGGUGGCUUCAUAGGGGGCUCAGGUGGCUUCUCUGGAGGUUCAGGAGGCGGAUAUUCCGGAGGUGGUGCAUCUGGUGGCUUCUCCGGAGGUAAAGGAGGUGGCUUCAUAGGGGGCUCAGGUGGCUUGUCUGGAGGUUCAGGAGGCGGAUAUUCCGGAGGUGGUUCGUCAGGUGGCUCCUUGGAGGUAAAGGAGGUGGCUUCAUAG